AUAAACACAAAUCACUUUGGACAGUAUAACUUGCUUUUGAACUCUGUUUGUGAAUGUACCUGUCAGCAAAUUGACUCCUGCAUUUCAGUUGACAUUCCUGGCUGCACUUCAAAGAGAAUUCGACCAGUAAAGCACUUUGGGGUCUCCUAAAAGAAAUGCGAGGGCAUUGUGUAAAUGUAAGCGGGUUGUUGCUGUACGCACUCGAUCUUGGAUGGAAUAAUCCAUUUCCGAUGCGCAAACAGGGGUAGUGGAUGGACAAAGUAGCUGAUGGCGUCCGCGGGCUUGGAAUGGACUUUGGUCACUCGCGGUUUUCUCUGAAACGGAGACAGAGACGCUAUCUGUUCUGCCAUCGAGAGUUUAACUGAGGAGGCAAUUUGUCUCAUCUGCCUGGAUUUCUUCACCGAUCCGGUUAUACUGGAGUGUGGGCACAACUUCUGCCGCUCCUGUAUCACACAGAGUUGGGACAAGGAUGGGAUAAACCUCUGCCCGGAUUGUAGAGAGGAGUUUACAGACCACAGCCUCAGGGUGAACCGGGCCUUGGCGAGACUGUCUGAGAAAGCUCGAACACUGAGCCUGAAUCGGACAGAGAAGGAAAGUGAACUUCAGUGCGAGGAACAUCAGGAAGAACUGAAGCUGUUUUGUGAAACGGGCAAGAAGCUGAUCUGCCUGGUUUGUCGAGAUGCGCGGGAACACAGUGAUCACCGUUAAAGAAGCUGUUCGGAGAUCCGCUGGGGGCAACAUGUUGGAGUAGUAGCACUUUUCCACGCUCCCGACCUGUUCACCUCCAACUUUUAUUAUAGCUCAGCCUAAGUUUUAUAAUUACCCAUAAAUAUUUAAACACCAUUGACAGCACCUCUCCACGCCGUAAAGAUGCCAAGCAGAGGAAAGAAAGAGGAGCAAAAGACGGAAGACCCGAUGACCAGCACCGGCAUGGCCACGCUAGCAGCCAUGUUAACAGAGCACAAGGUAUCACUACUGGCAGAAUUCAACGCAGCGUUCACCAAACUGGAAACGAAGCUGGACAAUAUCCAGACCACAAUUUUAGAUCACCAACACCGUCUUUCGUCAUUAGAGCCUUUUGCUGAUACCACCAGCCAAGACAUACGAGCUAUAGCGACAAUGCUAACUACGGUGACCGAAGAGAACGGCAAGCUAAAGUCUAAGCUUAUCGGCCUGGAAGGCAGGAGUCGCCGAAAUAACAUAAGGAUAGUCGGCCUCCCCGAGUACAUCGAACCCCCCCAAACAACAGCUUUUUUCUUUCAACUCCUGCUCGAGACUCUUGGCGAACACACACUGGAAUCAGCCCCGGAGCUAGACCGAGCCCACCGUACGCUAACAGCCAAGCCAAGCCCUGGUGAGAAACCCAGAGCAGUUGUGAUUUGCUUCCAUAGAUACCAGACCCGUGAGUUGGUGGUGCGUGAGGCUCGGAGGCAGAGGGGUAAGCUGAAGUACAAGGAUAUCCCGAUCCACAUUUUCGAAGACUACUGUCCCGAGAUAGUUGAACAACGCUCCGCGUACCGAGACGAUAUGAAGGAGCUGUACAACCUGAGUCUCAAACCCUCCCUUCAUUAUCCAGCCAAGCUGUUCAUCAUGGCCGGGGAAGGAAAGAGGCGACGACUAACAUCUCCUGAGGACGCUCAGAAUUUCAUCUCAUCUUACCGUCACCGCAGACCGGGACCCACUGACGACUGACUUCGCUCGGUACGUCUAUAUCCGAGUGGCACAGGGGUCCGGUUAAUCUACGGUUACACUAUGGACUAACUUUAGCUUGACUGCUCUUAGCAACUAGCCAUUGCUAGAGCUCGGCCUUGCUGAUUAUACUAGACCCCUGUCUUGAAAUGUAUGAGGCUGGUAAGAAUUCACCACGAUUCGUGACUAUCUUAUACCAACUUUUCCUUAUAAUGUUUAUGUGUAAUCAUACUUGAAAGGUUCUUCACCUGCACAUGCUAUAAAAUUGGGCUUAAGGGACCCACCUUGUGGUUUGUGAUCUGGUCUCUGCCUUCUUGUUUUUAGCAGCUGGCUGCUAACGCUGCCAGCAUUCGGCUAGUUUGUUUACACUAGGCUUCCUAGCGGACUGGCUGGGGCUGAUAAGAGCUCAUUACAGCCAAGGCUGUGUUAUACUAAUCUGAUCCUACAGCGUUUUUGUUUAACAAUACUUAAUUGAUGUUCUUUUGCCAUGCGCUUUAAUCCAAGAGCCCAGUUUGCAACUCGCUAACUUCUCUGAUGCUAACUCUUUCUUUAUACCUUGUUGAUUUUAAGAUAUACUAUGUAAUACCAAAGGAAGCUAUUCUUGUUCCACUUAUAUGUUGGCUUGCUUAUUCAGUAUCACCAUUUUGUUAAUUUGCUUUGUCUUAUUAUUAUUAUUAUCAUCAUUACAACCAUUAACCA